GUUGACCUCAGGUACAAACUAUUACAUCAUCCCAGAGUACGCAUCAGUUUAGCGGGUAUGAUUGUAGCCAAGGAUCGUGAUGCCACGCCCUACCUGGAGAGAAAUCGGUUACGGCCUCCGAAUGCUGAUGCAGUAGAUGCCGCUGGUGCUCUCACAGACAUGGGCAAAUAUCUCUAUAGGGAGCACAGAUUACCCACUUACGAUCUUGCAGUGGUCAUCACCAAGCUGGACAUGUGCCGAAGGAGAUUCCCUGGUGGAAGAUGCAACAGAGGAACUGCAGGUUUCGCCUACGUUGGAGGUGCUUGCGUCGUGAACAAGAGACUGGAAAAAGUCAACAGUGUAGCUAUUAUAGAAGACAGUGGAGGAUUUAGUGGUAUUAUUGUAGCUGCGCAUGAAAUAGGACAUUUAUUGGGUUGUGUUCAUGAUGGAUCACCGCCUCCCAGUUACCUCGGCGGGCCGGGUGCCACGCAUUGUCCAUGGGAAGACGGCUUCAUCAUGAGUGAUCUACGACACACCGAAAGAGGUUUCAAGUGGUCCUCCUGCAGCGUGGAACAGUUCAAGCACUUCCUUAACGGAGAAACUGCAACGUGCUUAUUCAACUUCCCGCAUGAAAAUGAUCUACUAGUGAGAGUUCUUCCAGGAACUAUGUUAUCCUUGGAUGAACAGUGCAAGAGAGAUAGAGGAACAACAGCUUGUUUCAAAGAUGCAAGAGUUUGCGCGCAACUAUUCUGCUUCGACACUGCUUCUGGAUACUGCGUUUCUUACAGACCAGCCGCGGAAGGAUCGACCUGCGGAGACGGACAGGUGUGCAAAAAUGGGCGAUGUCUGGCUGAAAUAGAAAACAUAAUUCCAGACUACAGUCAUGUGACUGAAACAUAUGUUGAAGCAGAAGAAAGAAUGGACAGAGGCCAAGAAGGAGAUCUGGCAACCCAAUCUCCGACGACAAUACCUCCUCCGUCCAGAAGGGCCAGAAUCAGGAGACCUAUCCGCCGGCCAACCAGGAGCAUUUCAAUGAAGGAUUCAUCGAAUGUCUUUUCUUCAAGAAUAGAAAAGCAAGGCCAUGAAGAAAGAAGUGUAUAAAAGAUUUCCUUGUAUAUUUGAUCUCAGUGAAAAGAAGCUGUCAUCAAGUACCAUGAACAAUAGCGGUUAACUUGAAAAGCCAUAAAUGUGCUUACAUCUUUCCUUAUUCUUCUUUCAGCAAUAAUAGAGCUGAGAAAUCGGAUAAAUUCAUGAGGAGAAAAAAUUAUCAUGAAUGAUUAUGAGAAUUAAUGGACUUUUUGUAAUCUCAGUUUCACAAAGAGAAACAAUAACUGAAUGAUAUAAAUUAAGAGUACAAAGUAAAACAAAGGCAAAAGCACUUCAUAUCUUGAUGGAAGAACAACAAUGGCAAACCAAAAUGAGAGAAGAAAUAGUUUUGCCAUUUGCAUUCAGUAUUGAUUUCUUCUUUACAUAAGAUUUCACGUGAAGCUCUUUGGAAAUUUUCAGCUCUAUUUGUUUGCUCGGCUGGGAAGAUUGCAUUUCCAAUCACUAGAACUGUGGUUUUAGCAUCAUACUUCAAAGCUACAUAUAGUCGCUAGCUCUCAGAAGAGACAAGAAGAUUGUGCUGUGAUAAAAGCAAUGACAUGACAAUUAGUGCCUAAAAGAACUAUAAUCUCUUUAAUACAUUUCCCAACAGUAAUGGAAAAGGGCACAUGAACUUUCAUAUUGUAUUUGUUUUUGCUUCAAAAAUAUAUUUCAUGUUUAUGAAAAUUGAGACAAACCAGCCAAACAAAUUCACUGGCAGCUGGUUUUGGCUUGGAUACAUCAUUCACAAAUUAAUAUGAAUCUUUAUAUAAAAGAAUCAUUUAAAUUUUCCCAUACUUCAUUCCCUGUAGAAAUAAAAUAUCUUAUUACGUGUACCAAAGUACAAGCUCUAAAUUGAAGGAUAUUCCUGUUAAACAUAAUACAUAACAUCACUGGAAACUGGUUUGUCUUAAUUUUAGAUGUUUCACUUCAUUUCAAAAAAAAGCAUUUUUGAAGUGGAUGCUGAAAUGCACUUGUGGUAUUAGGCUACAAAUUUUAUGGGGGCAUGUCCUGUAGCACAUUAAAAUCAGUUUAUAGAAAAUGCAUUGAGAAAACUGAAAAGAAAGCAUUAAGUGCCUAACACUCCUUGUUCCUGUUAAAUAUAGGAGUUCAUGUAUAAAUUUUAUUUCAUAUAUUUAUAUGAAAUAAAUAUGCAGAUUUUUUUUAUUUGUCAGUCUGUUAAAUAAUUUUUAAAAUAAAAAAAAACUUAUACUGUUUCA